AUGUCGGAUCCCCUAGCUGCAUUUGAAGACUAUUUGACACCCGAUUUCAAUGCAAGCAGGACAUGUAAUAAGCUACUGAAAGCGUCAAACCCAGAUUUGCAAUGUGAAGAACUUGAUUUAGUGACGCCUUUAAAGAAAGUUAAAUAUCAUAUCGAAGAGAUUGAGCGAAGAAAUGAUGAUGUUAUAAAAGCAAAUCCUUCACACUUGAUAGAAAGCUUCGAUAGCAAGAAGAUUGCUCAAGUGCAGACUCGCGAUGCAUUGAGUUCUUCUCUUGAGUACUUAAGCAUGUCUUAUAAAAGGUUGGACGCUGAGGUAUUAGAGCCUUACCAAAAGUGCUUGCUUCUGAGGUCAGCAUUGAGCAAAAUACACCAGACCUCUAGCAUCCUGAGAGACGUGUCGAUAUUUCUGCAUCUGCUCAGGCAAGUUACAGGCUUUGGUACAUUGGACCAAACUGACCCCUCAGCUCACCAAAAAGCCCUUAUCCUUGCCUCAAUUCAUUCUCAAAUCCAGACGGAGCUCAGUUCAAAUCCAAAUCUGGGAGCAUUGGAACUGGUAAAAAAAUAUGAUGUUGAAACUAUUCUCCCAAGCCGACGCAAUACUGUAAGGUACCUAUCUGAUAGGUUGUUCAGCGACUGUGCAAAUAACCUUGAAGUGCAGUCUAAGAAUUUGGAUGUUACUCAACUCGCGAAGGCUCUUUACGAGCUGUCUCAAAAAGACUUCAUCACGGUAAUUGACAGGGUGCUAUUGUCUAAAAUUACAAACAGCACCCAAACGCUAUCAAAAACAAUCACCUCAAUCAAAACGCUCCCUGCAGCUUUAGAAACAGUUAUGAAGAACGGGAGAGAUGUCAGGGCAUUGGGAAGGGCUCUGAAUGAAGCUGCAUCUACGAAAAGUACUCUCCUGAAGGACUACUUAUCGCAUAAGAAGCACAGUUGCAUCUCCGAGAUGUUUUGGAGCAGGGUUUCGAAAAAUUUCAAAAGGGAGUUUGAAAUAUCCUUCAAUAGGGGAGGCCCUGUCGGAAAGUCGCUUGCCGCAAAUUCGUCAGUAAUAUUGGAAAGCAUAAUAAAUGCCAUGAAAGACUCCACUGAAAAGGAAAAUGGUGAGUCUAACCUGGAAAAAAUGCUAGAUUCUGUUGCUAUACUAAAUUUACAUACUACAAGGUAA